UUCGUCCAUCCAUGGCGCAGCCGUAUCAUCCUCAGUCCUCGCUAAGCUAGCUGCCUCCAUGCCUGUGACAAGGGAGAUCAUCGCCGGAGCCGGAGCCGGAUCGGCGGCGGCGGCGGCGGCUGUACUGGCGUUGCUGGUCGCGGCCGCCGGCGGUGACGAAUUAGCGGCGGCGGUGGGUAGCAGCAGCAGCAUCAUGCCGCCCUGCUUCCACGCGUGCUUCGACCAGUGCGUGCAGCGCGAGGAGUACUGGUUCUGCCAGUUCUCCUGCUACCGCCGGUGCGGCGCCGGCGCCAUCGCCAUCGCCAUCGCCGCCGGCCGCUUCUCCGGCACCGGCGACUGCGAGCACGCGUGCGCGCUGUCCAUGUGCGGCCAGAUCGACCCGGGCAGCAAGAUGAUGGCCGUGUGCCGCGACACGUGCGGCAAGAGCUACGCCGCCGCCGGGUGCCGCCGCCGGCCGACCAGCCUUACGGCGGCAGUGUGAUUCAAUAUUUCGACCGCGACAAACAGGAUUGCCUUAAGCAUGACGAACAUCUCGAAUUAAUUCUCGAUAUGAUGUUAAAACACAAAUCCAUGCACAACAUAUUAACACAAAUCCAUGUAUAAUAAUACUCUUGAGAUGGCUAAAUUAUUGUCGGAGUUGUGCUCCAAUUUGUAAUAACGCAAUUAAUUACGCAAGGUAUAUAUACAUACCGCCGUUCGAUCGAAUCGAAUUAACAGUCUU